AUGGCAGAAUCACUUCCUACUACUUUCUCUGACCCCGUCCACAUCGCCGUAAUCGGCGGCACCGGACUCCAAUCCCUCGAAGGGUUCGUCCCAAUCGCAACCCUCAACCCCCUCACCCCCUGGGGCUACCCCUCCGCCCCCAUCCACAUCCUGUCGCACAACAACGUGCCCGUCGCCUUUAUCUCACGCCACGGCAUCCACCACGAGCUCGCCCCCCACGAAAUUCCCAACCGAGCGAAUAUCGCCGCGUUGAGAAGUAUUGGCGUCCGAACCAUCAUUGCCUUCAGCGCCGUAGGGAGUUUGCGCGAGGAAAUUAAACCCCGGGAUUUCGUGGUGCCUGAUCAGGUUAUUGAUCGUACAAAGGGGGUUCGUCCAUUUACGUUCUUUGAGAAGGGCGUUGUGGGACAUGUGGGAUUUGCGGAUCCGUUUGAUGAGAAGAUUGCCAAGAUUGUGAGGGAGUGUGGACAUGCGCUUGAAGGCAAGGGUAUAGUGAUGCAUGAUAAGGGAACUGUGAUUUGCAUGGAAGGUCCCGCCUUCUCCACGCGCGCCGAAUCACACAUGUACCGAUCCUGGGGCGGCUCCGUAAUCAACAUGUCCGCAUUGCCGGAAGCCAAGCUAGCGCGCGAAGCAGAAAUGGUAUACCAAAUGAUUUGCAUGGCCACCGACUACGAUUGCUGGCACAGCACCGCAGAUGUGGAUGUUGCGAUGGUGAUGGGACAUAUGCAUGCGAAUGGACAGAAUGCGAAGAGACUUGUGGGAGCCGUGUUGGAUGCGUUGAGUAAGCAGGAACAUAGUGAUAUCGUGUUGGGGAAACAUUGGGAGGGGAAGACGACGGGCAUGAUUAAAUUUAUGACGAAGGGGGAGGGAAGGGGCGAAGAGGGUGUGAAGAAUGUAGAGUUUUUGUUUCCGGGCGUGUUUGAUGAGGCUUAG